AGCAGAUCAAAUUAACUUUUAAGUAAGUUACAAGUUACAAAACCCAUUGCAUUGAUUACACUCCCUAGUGGCACUAGUAGUGUAAUAUACCCAAAUUACCCUAAGCAUAAAAAACCACAACUAAAAGAAUAUUCCCCUCAUAAAAACAAACUACCAAUAAUUAAACCCACAAUUUUCAUCGCUUAUCAAACCGCUUAUAAAAGAACAUUAAUCCCCUUCAAAACUCCUCAAAGAACCACACCCAAAGAACAAAACUCAGAGAAAUGUGUGAGACCUUCAAAAAUCAAUACCAAUUUUGCGAGGAGAUCGGCCGAGGAAGAUUCGGUAUCGUUUACCGUUGUUUUUCCCCUUCUUCUCUUUCAUCUUUCGCCGUCAAAUCCAUCGAUAAACGCCUGCUUCUUGACGACGAAACUGAUCGUCAGUGUCUUGACAAAGAGCCUAAAAUCCUUCAGAUUCUUGCUCCUCAUCCUUACAUUCUUCAGAUCCAUGAUAUGUUUGAUUCAGAUAAUCAUCUUUUGAUUGUUACUGAUCUUUGUAAAGAAUCUACGCUUUAUGAUCGUAUGGUUUCUUCUGCUCCUUUUUCUGAACCAGACGCUUGCUCUGUUUUUACUCAGAUCAUUGAAGCUAUUGGUCACUGUCAUCGUAACUAUAUUUCUCACAGGGAUAUAAAGCCGGAGAAUAUAUUGUUUGAUUCGAGAAAUAGGGUGAAAUUGUGUGAUUUUGGGUCAGCUGAGUGGUUUGGAGGUGUUGAAGGGAGAGAAUUAAUGAGUGGAAUAGUUGGAACUCCAUAUUAUGUAGCACCAGAAGUGUUAGAAGGAAGAGAGUAUAAUGAGAAGAUUGAUGUAUGGAGUGCUGGUGUAAUUUUGUAUAUAAUGUUGGGUGGUGUUCCUCCUUUUUAUGGUGAAUCUGUUGAAGAAACUUUUGCUGCUGUUCUUCGUGCUAAUCUUAGAUUUCCUACUAAAAUAUUCCGGUCAAUUUCAUCUGAAGCUAAGGAUUUGUUGAGGAAAAUGCUCUGUAAAGAUGUUUCUCGCAGAUUUUCUGCUGAACAAGUUCUAAGGCAUCCAUGGGUUACAAAUGGAGGAAUGACAUGAAAUUUAACAAUUAGUACAAAUUUUGUGUAACUUUGAAGGAGUGUUUGUAAUAGGAGAAAUAAUUGGGGAUCAAGAUGAAGUUCAAUGGUGGAUGGAUGGUUCCAGAUUCUUCUCCAUAAAAACAAAAAAAAAAAAAAGGAAAA